CUCAAGUUACCGUCUAAUGCAGAGAACUUUCUCUCUUUCAAUUACAACGAUCAACAUCACAUUUACUCCUUUUUUCGUACACUGUUUUCGUAUAUUUCUUACAUUGUGUAUGUGUAAACUGAGAGGACAAGAGGUGGGAAACAGCUAGGUAGAGACAAAUGAAGGAUGGAUGGAUGAAGGGAGGAGGAGUGUAGGAUACGAUGGGAGGAGGACCAAGUAGGUAUAUAAGAUGCUGCCCAUCGCCUCGCAUCUUCACCAACAUUCAUCUCUCCUCAAGAAACAGAAGAGCAUCAAUCAUCUAACAACAAGAAUGUCUAAUAUUCUAAACUCAGAGAAUGCCUCCACUCUGGAGAACGCCAUGCAGCUGAUGAUCCAGACGUUCCACAAGUACUCUGGAAAUGAGGGCGACAAAUAUACUCUUAGCAGGCAGGAACUCAAAGAGAUGCUCACGCAGGAGCUGGGCAACUACCUUGGGAACGCACAGGAUAAGGAUGCGGUAGAUAAAGUUAUGGGAGACCUGGAUUCAAACAACGACGGUGAGGUGGACUUCACAGAGUUCGUCAUCCUCGUUGGUGCCCUCACUGUCGCCUGCAACGACUUCUUCCUCGAGUAUCACGAAAAGGAUGGAAAGAAGGCUGAAAAGAAAGAGUAGAGCUGCAUUUCUCUGAACAAAAGCCAACACAUGACCAGAGAAUGAUGAUGAGGGGGGAAUGAGGGGAGAAGGGGAACGUGUAUGAAUCUUCCUUAGGCUACUGAUACUAUAAAAAGUUUUACAUCAUCUCUGCAUCCAUGCAAUCCUGGGUACACAAAACCUUCCAUGAGGCACAACAUGUUUCCAUCCCCUGAACCUAUUAGAAAUGAAAGCACUAGGAAUGAGAUUUUGACAUGGUCUUUGUUGAAUAUGUGAAUAUGUGUGUCUUCCUUUCUUUUGUUUAUUAACAAUUGGAGUUGUUUAUUUUUAAAAUAAUAACUCCAUAUAACAAUAAACUGCAGAUUUAAAAUAAA